UGGCAUUAAGUGGAAUUACAUGUCCGUGUUGUAAAUAUUGAAUGUGCUGUGCGGAAGAAACGCUCUUGUUGGGUGACUACAGGUAAAUGAAGAUGAUAAAACGUUUUACUAAAUGCGGUAAUUUGUAACGCGAAAGCUGGAAUAUCCUCGGGUAAAGCAUGACUAAGACUCUUCUGUUAUAAAGUUGUACUUACUUCUCCCACAGUAAGGCUGGAUCCUGCCGGAAGCAGGAUGGAGUCUGGUGGAAAACCCUCAACUGCCCAGAUUGUGGUUUUAGCCACCAGCUCUGCCCUGACGGCCAUCUUCUACUCCAUCUACAGGAGCAGGGCCAAAACAGUUGCCAGUUUAAAGGAAGCCAAGAAAAUCUCCAUUGAUCAGGAUUUGAAAAAUAUCCUGUCAGAAACCCCCGGAAGAUGCGUUCCAUACGCUGUCAUCGAAGGUGUGGUGAGGUCUGUGAAGGAGACUCUGAGCAGCCAGUUUGUUGAGAACUGCAAAGGCGUCAUCGAGAGGCUGACGCUGAAGGAGGAGAAGAUGGUGUGGAAUCGAACCACUCACCUGUGGAACAGCACAGAGAAAGUCAUCCACCAGCGAACCAACACAGUCCCCUUCUCCCUGGGAUCCCACGAUGAGGACAUCGCCGAGGCGGUGCGGGUGAUUCGCCCGCUGGACGCCGCGGAGCUGGACCUGGAGACCACCUACGAGAACUUCCACCCCACGGUCCAGUCCCUGUCCAACGUGAUCGGCCACUUCAUCAGCGGCGAGCGGCCCAAGGGCAUCCACGAGACGGAGGAGAUGCUGCGGGUGGGGGACAGCGUCACCGGGGUGGGCGAGCUGGUGCUGGACAACAACCUGAUCAAGCUGCAGCCCCCCAAGACGGGUUUCUGCUACUUCCUGACCCGGCUGGACUACGAGUCCCUCCUGAGGAAGCAGGCCGGCAGCGUGCGGCUGUGGAGGGUGCUGAGCCUGGUGUUCGGCGUGGCCGCCUGCUCCACGCUGCUCUACAUCCUGUGGAAGCGCUACGCCCACUGCCGGCGCAGCCGGAAGGAGCGGAGCCUGCUGGAGGAGUUCAAGGAGCAGCAGCGCAGGCGCAUGCGCGAGCUGCAGGUGGAGGAGGGCAGCGUGGCCCCCGGCAGCUGCAGCGUCUGCCUGAGCCGCCAGCGCUCCUGCGUCUUCCUGGAGUGCGGCCACGUGUGCGCCUGCGCCCAGUGCUACGAGGCCCUGCCCCCGCCCAAGAAGUGCCCCAUCUGCAGGGCCCCCAUCGACAGGAUGGUGCCGCUCUACAACAGCUAGGACAGGUCUGGCCCCCAGAGGCAGGGCCCCCAGAGUUAGGGCCCCCUGUCAACCACCAGCCACACAGUCAAAACUGCCAUCGGGAGGAUAAGGGAGUCACAUUGACCGGGAAAUUAUUCCCACCACCUCCAAAAAGAAGAAACCAGACACAAAGCUGACGGACAUCGAUCGGAGAAAGCUCAGACCCACUCCCAGAGCCUAAGACAACAAUCAAUCUGAGGAGUUAAGAGCUCUGUCUGAGACGGGUUCAGAUAUUCUUCAUCGCUCCCUCCGGACCUUUAAGGGCGUUCAGCAGUCCACAGCUCUCCCGUUCCCUCUUCUGUCAGCCACAUUUACACCAAAGUUUUAUUAAUAUCAUGAUCAUAAAGUGGAAAUGUUUGUCAGUCACAGCUUCCACACCAAGAAAAAGGGGAAAGAAACCAGACUACCCACAACCAGAUGAAUUUAACACGGUAGGCAAAAAUAGAAAGAGAAGGAAAGAAAAUGCUGCUUCUCUGAUUGGUUGUGUUUGCACUUGUAUUUAUUUCGAAGUGGCUUUGUACUUGCAACUAUAAUGCAAAACGACGAGAACCAUUUCUCCAACAGCAAGACGCUCCUUAGUUCUAAAGAACAGUUUAAUUUUAUAAGGAUUUUCUGAUUUAUUGAUUUUCGGGGUUUUGGGUUAUUUUUAUUUUAUAGAUUUAGAAAUUCAUCUCUGCCUUAACUGUAGAAGAAGUGGCUUUAUCGGGUCUCAGCAGCUCGUUUUAGAUUGUGUUCCCGAUCUGAAAAGAGUGGUGGUGGGAUUAUCGUACGGGUUGUUUUUCUGUUUUCUGACAGCGGCUCUCACACACACACACAUGCUAAUGGUUUGAAAUAGAAAUCAGCUCACUGUCUGUUUGCAACUGAAACAUCAUUAAAGUUAAAUGUGCUCCAGAGAAAAUGAA